AUGGUCGUCCUCUCAUGAUUGAGGUGGAACUAUUUCGAUCUUGCAGUUAUUGGAUGACGGAGGGCGUUGCCUCUUGGGUGUUGUUGGACUCUAUUUACGGGAGGAGUUUGGUCGUGUUUCCACGAUGUUGCAUGUACCAUGUGUCUGAUUUGUUGAUUGAAUGCUGGACGAUCGCCACGUACUAUCAGUGUUAUUCGAGGAGCGGACAAUGGAUAUCAGAGGAGGAGCGUGAAGAGUUGCUAGCGUCUCUCCAGAAGAGAUUGCCUGUGAAGGAUCUAGGAGAUUGUACCUGGUACGAUGGGUGUGCCAUUGAGGUGGACCUUGAGAAUGGUACCACCAAGCUGUCCCAGACGGCUUAUAUCGAGAGCAUGCUCAACCGCUUCAAUGUCACGACCACUGCUCCCACGCCCGCUGUCGUCGACGAUGACCUAGGGCCGAAGAGAGACGACGAGUCUUCGGUGGACAAGCCCGUGACGGAAGCGAUCGGAUGCCUCAUGUGGUUGCUGUUCACGAGGCCGGACAUCGCGCUGCCUUUGAACAAGCUGCAGAAGAUCGCCCACUCACCCACCGAGAGGAUGUGGAACGCUCUUGUGCGGAUCAUGUCCUACCUCAACGAGACGAAGGACCUCGGGAUCACCUACGUCCGCGGAUCAGGGCUAGACCUAUACGUGUUCGUCGAUUCUAGUUACGCCGACAGCACCGUUGACAGGCGUUCGACGACGGGGCUAGCCGUGACUGUAGGUGGGACCGUAGUGUGCGCAUCCACGAAGACACAGCCAGUGACGGCUCAGUCGACCACGGAAGCAGAGGAUAUUGCAGCCGGGGAGGGCGUGAAGGAAACGUUGUUCGUGCGUGGUGUUCUGUCGUUCAUUGCGCCCGAGACGAGCGGUGCCACGAUCAGGGUCCGUGAGGACAACGAGGGGGCUCUCGCGUUGGUGCAGAACCCUUUCAGCUCGGCGAGGAGCAAGCAUAUCGACGUGCGGUUCCACUUCAUCCGCGAGCUCUUCAAGGCGGGCAAGAUCACCGCAGAUUAUGUCUCGACAGAAGAGCAGCACGCCGAUAUGCUGACCAAGGUCCUUGGUAGGGGCAAGUUGGAGUACCACCGGAAGGCUCUGAUGAACCUGCCGAUGUAG